AUAAAAUGUCAACAUGCCAAACAUGUGAGAAAUGUAAUUCAAAAGACACAGACAUUGUGGAACAGAUCGAGAAAGUGAAACUUGAAGGAAUAAGAGUGGUUUGUUCGCGUUAAAGAAUGGCUGGACAUAUUAUCAGACAUACUCAUAAAGUAACUCAAUUGUAUGGGUGCAAUACGAAAUAUUUUCCAUUGAUCUUUUCACGGGUCGCUCACAAGUACGCUCAAGUUGACCUGGAAUCAAGCAGAUUUAAAUCUAUAUACAGAGACUUGCAUGGAGCAAUAGAAGAUAACGUAACUGCAAAAGACUUUGUUUAUGCCCUUAAUAAAAGAGAACGAGAUUUAUUACACGUGGAGUUGCAGAAGUUCAAUAUUGACAUGAAAGAUGUACCAGGUGCUGGCACUCACAGCAAGCUUACACGGGCCCAACGAAAAGCAGUUGCUCUCCACAAUGCUCUGCCAUUUAUUGGGUUUGGUUUCCUUGACAACUUUCUGAUGAUUAUUGCUGGUGAAUACAUAGAAUUUAGAUUUGGUGCUAUGCUUGGAAUCUCAACCAUGGCAGCUGCGGCUCUUGGAAAUUGGAUAUCUGAUCUGGCUGGUGUCCAGACGGCUCACUAUGUUGAGGUUUUGACAAGCAAGCUUGGCGUGAAGGCUCCGGCACUGUCUCCCGAACAAGUGGACAUGUCCUCUACACGAUGGGCAGCCAAUGCUGGGAAGGCGAUAGGAGUAUCUAUAGGAUGUAUUCUCGGCAUGUUGCCUCUACUGUUUUACACCUCGCCCAAAAAGAAAAAAGAAGAGGAUGAAGAAGAUGAAACAACUACCUGAUGAUUGCCCCUGUGUUUCAAGAAUAGCUGGUGUAGUCACGCCUUAGAACCCUGCUCACCCGAGGAUGGACUGAAUAGAGUAAAUACAUUGAUAGGCCAGAGUGUAUGAUACAGAAAUGUGUCUUCAGUUACUGCCUUAGUUUUGACACUAGUGAUCCUUAUAGUAGGUUGUGCGUAGUGGUUUACGGUAUUUAUGUGGUAAGCAAUAAGUAUUCCAUAUUUACUUUCAAAAUAACUUUAUUUAUAGACAUAUGUGAAUGUAUAAGCAAUAUAUGUUAAUUGACUAUCUCACAAAACAAAAUGAGGAGCAACUACUAAUGGUUUGGCAUGAUCAUUGUUGCUGUAGUCCUGAUUUACUGUUUGUGAAAAAGACAAACAAUUGAAAACAAUAUCAAAGUUAAUAAUAAGUUGUACAACUGUCAUUGUUGCAUUUAUAAAGAAUUAUAUUUCGCUCCAAUUUUAAUGGCAAUAAUCUGAAGAUUGUGCACAAGCCAUUAGUGGUUUUAUUUUUGACUUUAUAUUUUUUUAUGUUUUUGGGUACCUGUUAUAAAGACAGUAUUGUUUUUGAAGAUUUUGUAUAGUUAUUCUACCAUUAGAAGUAGGGACCAUAGAUUAGCCGGGCUAUUUUUAUGUCUUGUCUGUGUCCAUCCCUUCCUAGUUUCCAUUUAUGAGAAUUAAUAUUUUUGUUCUAUCUAAGCUUUUGUACUUUUAUUUCUUGGCUGUUAAGCUUAAUGUUCUUCGAAGCCAGGUGCUACGGGAUUUUAUACAUUAUAUUUUAAUAUUUAUUCUUACUCCUCUUGGAUAUGUUAACUUUUUAUAUUAGUAUUAUCAGUUAGUGUCUGCUUACUGUAGCUUUUGUGCUUUUUAAAGGGGCUAGACUCCAGAUGAUACAAUUGCAAGAAAAAAGAAAAUUGUCAAAAAGUGAAAUAAAAUUGACAUUGUUGUGUACAAAGCAUAGAAUUUUAUUUACUGAAGUAUCGCAGUGCUUAUGACACAUGCAUUUUACGCUAUUUUUGCGCAUUUUUUCCAGUUUGAAUUUUGCUGGGGUUGUUUAUUACGUAAUCCCAAUAAGUUUAGAAAUAGCAUCAGUAUAUUUAUCUUUACUCAUAAACAAAUAUAAUUUAUACUUGGACAUAAUUAUGUGCUAUGUAUGUUUAAACAGGGAAACACAUAAGGGACAGCCACACGAUUGCUGUGUUUAUUAUUUAAAUCAUGUAAAAUGAUGCAUUAUCAGCAUCUUACUAGCUCGCAUUUUAGGCUUGUUUUGAGGAAAAAUUGUAUUUGCCGAAUUUUGGACCCAUCUGGUAUCUAGUCCCUUUAAUAGGAUUGUUUAUUUUGUGCACAAGUUGUUGUUUUACAUUAUUGUUUCCUCAUUACUAUACAUGUCAUGGAAAAAAAUGCCAUUUUCUUGUCGUCUUGUAAAUGUUGAUGAUGUGUUCUAUACAUUGUUAAAAUUUCAUCAGAAAUUGUGUAAAACAACUUGAUGCUAAAAACACAUCUAAUAAUGAAAUAAGUUAAUAUUAGCUGAGACCUUGAAUUGAUGUUAUGAUCAGUAUCAACGUUGUGCUUGAAAUACAAGAAAAUAUUUUAUAUGACUUCUCCAUGGCAACUUUAUUUGUUUAAAAAAAACCAAAACCUUUAAGAUACAUUCAUUUUACCAAAAAAUGUUUCAUUUGAUUCCAAACUCAAUGAAGAACAAGUACAUACGUUUCAAACAAAAUAUCACAAAGAACUUCAAAAACUAAAACUGAUAUUUUUUUAUAUUCAAUAGAACCCAAUAAGGUUAUAAUUAGCAUAUUUGAAUAUUACAUAAUCUGCAUUUAGUUUGUAUAAUAUUCUCUGCAUAUUGGUAUAACUCUCCUCUAUGGCUUUUAUUUCUUUUCAAGGGAAGUAAGUGUCAAAUCUGUUGCAAAUAGUCCACUUGCCAUUAUGCUUUAUUAUCUCCCUUUAAUGCUUUCUUGAAAUUGUUUCUUGUUUAAAUGCAUGUCCUUUGGAUUUUUCUUCAGGAAUAAAUGUAUAAAUAUU